AGGUUUGCAGUUUCGCGAAUCGCGAACAAUUUCCGUGCACCCACUUUCGCGUAUCGUGCGUGGCCCAGCUUUCGCGGAACUCUAAUAACAUUGGAAAGUAGUGUUAUCAUAAAUUAGUGAACCACCCACGCGCACGCAAUGAAGUGUCAUUACGAGGUGCUGAACGUCGCCCGUACGGCCGAGGAAGAUGAAAUCAAGAAAUCGUACCGCAAGCUAGCGCUCCGCUGGCAUCCGGAUAAGAAUCUGGACAGCUCGGAGGAAGCUAAUCAACAGUUUCUACUGGUGCAGGCAGCGUACGAUGUGCUGUCGGAUCCCCAGGAACGGGCCUGGUACGAUAACCAUCGAGAGCAGAUUCUGCGAGGAGGGCAUACGAACUAUGAGGACAAUUCGGUGGAUUUGUUCCAGUAUUUUACGACUUCGUGCUACAAAGGUUUUGGGGAUGAUAAGGGAGGAUUCUAUGGGUUUUACGGUGAAGUGUUCCAUACGAUAUCAUCGGAAGAGAUUGAGUUUCUGGAAAACGAGGAGGAUUUCGAUGCGAUUCCAAAGUUUGGUAAUUCGAAGAGCGAUUACGAAACAGAGGUCCGGUUGUUUUAUGCGUACUGGGAGGGAUACUGCACGAAGAAGAGCUAUGCAUGGCUGAAUCCGCAUAAUAUAAGCGAAAUCCGAGAUCGGAGAGUGCUGAAGGCGAUCGAGAAGGAGAACAAGAAGGUGCAACAGAAGGCCAGGAAGGAACGGAACGAGGAGAUUCGCUCGCUGGUGAUGUUUGUCAAGAAGCGAGAUAAGCGUGUUCAGGCGUAUAAGAAACUGUUGGAGGAAAGGGCGGAGCAGAACAGGAUAAAAUCACAACAGAAUCGACUGGAACAGAUUAGGCGAAAGCAGAAGGAGAUUGAGGAGCAGCAGAAGAACUCUUCCAAUGUGUUUAACGAGGCUUACGAGGAACAAUUGAGGAAAUUGGAAGAAUCGUAUGCUGACGCAUCGGAAGAAUCUUCGAAUGAGGAAGAAGAAGCUAUACAGGCAAUGGGAGACGCUAUGACUGGAUUGGUUAUCAGCCAAAAUGAAAACGGCGAGGAGACUUUCUACGUCGACGAUCUCUACUGUGUGGCAUGUGAUAAGAUGUUCAACAAUAAGAAAUCUUAUGAGAACCACGAAUCUUCCAAGAAGCAUAAGCAAAAUGUUGAACUGCUCAGAGAUCAAAUGCGGAAAGACGAUUUGGCAGCCGGAGGGCGGGAUAAUCAAGAGGCAUCACCACAAAAGGACGAAUCUUUAGGAGAUAUGAGUAACGAAGACGAUGACGAGGAAGAGCUAGCGAUGGUGAAGCCUAAAAAGGGUAAAAACAAGAAAAAGCCAGUCAAACAGCUACCAUUCUCAGACGAAGAGAAGGAACACAUCGAUAUCCUUCUCCCUGCUGCUCCGAAAGAAGAAAGUGACGAUGAUUGGGGCGGCUCGAAGAAAGCCAAAAAAGGAAAAGCGAAAGGUAAAGAAGGAGGAGCAAGUAAGGUCAAAAACGGUAUUGCAGCCAAGGAAACUACUGUAGAAGAAUCAGCAAAGCCUGAAACAAUACCGGAGAAACCAUCGGAACCGGUAGAAGGAGAUUCAGUUGAUCAUAAAUGCGUCACUUGCAACGACAAGUUUAACUCUAAGAAUAAACUGUUCAAUCAUCUCAAACAGACCGGACAUAGUGUCUACGUCGAUAAGGUCGAUAAGCUUAAAGCACAGAAAUCUGAAGGAGAAAAGACCAAAGGAAAGAAGCGGAAAUAGUAGCAUAGCAUCAAUCAAACACCAUCCUGUAAAUAUAACAUGACAUGUUAGACUUGUAAUGUUCCUUCAUAAAAUAUACUUCCCUAGACUUCU